AUGUGGUGGAGUGACGACAACCAAACCCUCCGCUUCCAAGAGCAUUCACUGCACGUGAAUCAGUUCCGUCAGUUUGCUCGAUCUCUCCUGGACCUGGCCCGAGAGAAGUGUGACGGUCUCAUGUACUCGUGGACACCACCGGUGGCCCUCCACCAGAUCCACGACACGAUGAGCCAGACCACUCCCGGCUACUCGUUCGUCCAAGAUCCUCACAACGGUCUUCAGACGGGCUUCUUGGACCUCUCGACGCGGGCGUACUACCGCAGUCCGACCCCGGUCUUCCACGGCGAGCAGUGGGCCAAGCCGACGGCGAUGCAGUACCUUAAGGACCACGAAGAUUUUCUCGCCUUACUGUACCAGUUGCUUUUCGUCUGGGGUGGUCAAAGUCCGCGCCCGAAGGAGUUGAGGUCGCUCGAGAUGGUUAAUGGGCCCGCCACGUCCCGCGGCUUCUUCAUCCACAACGGCGCCAUGGUAUACAUCACCCGCUACCAUAAAGCCCAGCGAUCUACGGGCCACCAAUUCCACGUGGCUCGCUUCCUCCCGGAGCCCAUCGGCCAUCUCGUGUUUUACUACCUGGUAUACAUUCGACC